CAUCUUGAAUUUUCUUCAGCAUACUUCAGGAAUACUUUUAGUAAAAAAAUAUGUCUCCAACAAGCAUGGAAACGGCCGAGACCUCUGCCAGUCCUGCUCAAAACAAUGAAGAAGAAAUGUAUGGUGUAGAUUUAACGGAAAGCAAAGAUGGCGGCGUUAGAAAGGUUGUUUUGUGUGAGGGAACCGGUUUGUCCACCGUUCCCACUGGUAGCGUAGUGUCUGUGAAGUACAUCGGCAAAUUUAUGAAUGGAGAUGAAUUUGAUUCAAAUAUUGGGGGCGAACCUUUCAAGUUUGUUCUUGGACAAGGUGUUGUGAUCCGUGGCUGGGACAUUUCGAUUCCCACAAUGAAACUCCAUGAGAAAUCAAGGAUAACAGUGCAACCUCAGUAUGGUUAUGGCAAGCUAGGGGGCAGUAAGAUCCCCCCUAAUAGUAUUCUUCAGUUUGACAUAGAGAUAGUUUGCUGGAAAGGUACUAGUGUAACCAAGGAUGGAGAGGUGACAAAGAUUGUGCUGGUAAAAGGAGAGGGCUAUGACAGACCUAACACUGGUGCUCAAAUUGAAGUUCAUUUAACUGGUAAAUAUGAUGGUAAAGUGUUUGAAGACAGAGAUGUAGCAUUCACUUUUGGUGAAGGUUCAGAGGUCAAUGUCCUUGAUGGAGUGGAGGCAGCAAUUGGUCAAAUGGUUAAUAAAGAAACAGCUGAUGUUAGGAUUGAGCCUGGUAAAUUUGGGUUUGGACCCAAUGGGAACCCAGAAUUUGGGAUCCCUGGGGAUGCUACACUAGAAUACCAAAUUGUGAUGAAAAAUAUGGAAAAGCUUUCUGAGGCAUGGGAGCUGACAAAUGAUGAAAAGAUUGCUACUGCAUUGCGUAUGAAAGACAAAGGAACAAAGUUCUUUAAGGAGGGCAAACAUAAGAUAGCUUGUCAGCAGUACGCAGUGGUAGUCAAAAUGCUUGAUGGAUAUUUUGAUGAAGAAGAGCUCAAAAAAACCAAUCCCAUUAAGGUUGCAGGACACCUUAACCUCGCAGCUUGUCAUUUAAAGCUUGGAAAUAAUUUCAAAUGUAUUAAAGCGUGUGAAAAGGCUUUAGGGAUCGAUAAAGAGAACAUCAAAGCGUUGUUUAGAAGAGGAAAGGCAAGACUGGCGCUCAAAGAUUACAGCAGCUCAAAGAGUGACUUCCUUGCUGUCUUAUCGCUUGAUCCAAAAAACAGAGAAGCACGUGAACAACUACGAAUAGUUAACCAGAACUUAAAGAUUCAAAAUGCGAAAGAUAAGAAGACUUUUGCAAACAUGUUCGAGAGAUUAGCCGAGAAAGACGACAAGAAUAAACCCACAAAAGACGUGUUUUCUGCAGCUGUUGAGGAGGCUAACUUGGAAGAAGCUCGAAUCAAAGCGCAAGAAAUGGAACAAGAAGCUAAUAGUUAACAAAGAACGGCCACGCUUUACGCUGAGUCUAAAAACUAUACAUUGUCGCGAUAAAGGAGGUUGAAACAACGACGUCAAUAUAGGGGGAGCAUUUCCUUGGAAUGAAAAGAAGCUCUAUAGACAGACGACAAAACUAUUUGGGACAAAGACGCACCCCGAACCAUAUAUAUAAUUAAAUAAAAAAGACGCUUAUUCAACUUUAAGUUAAAUAUUAUUACACAUUACUUUUCAUAGUGUUGUAGGAACCAGGGACAUAUAAUGUUAAAAAAAACAUCACUCUGAAACUUUAUUCUUUGGUGGUCUGUAAUGCGUAACUGUUAUCCUUCACGAGUUGUAUUCACUAUUCGAAGGCGAGGUUCCGUGACCGUACCGUGCCGUGGUCCAUGCCGUUUCGCAGUCGAACGAAAUCAUCUAUACUAAGUGAGGUUCUGUGUGUGUGCCUUUGCGUACAGUCUUGGUAGAUGUUGAAAAAAACAAGAUCAUAGUAGAGUAAACGCACUUGGGACAAAAUGAACAAAGUAUGAUCAAUUAGUCUGCUUUUGCAGAUUAUGAACCGGGUGCUAUCCUUCGUUUUAGGGACUGCGCAAUAUUUAUCAGGAAGGGGGAGGGGGAGGGGCAUUUAAUUUUAUGUCCUUAAAGGGGGAACAACGUCUAAAAUUUACUAGAACAUUAAUUGGAAACUGAAAAAUCAACGGUGUCAGAUUCGAAAACUUCCCAAGAAAACCGUGUUCCACGAUUUGCGACAAGUCUUUAUUCACGAAUAACAAAUGAAUGAAUUCACGGGUGCGCAGUCAGUGUUAUACAGCAGUGUUCUGGUCCAUCAAAAGACACUAAAUUUCAGCCAAUACAGACAAUAAAUACACUAUGCAUUUUGAAUGCAUUUCACGUUAUAACUACGUCAGUAUUAGUGUUUAUGACACAUAAACACUAAUAUCAAACAUUAAUGCACUUAUAAAACUUUUCUCUUUUGAGCUAAAACUCUCGAUUUCAAGCUAGUCUCCGCAAAUCCAACUAGUGUGUACUUGUAUUCUCCUUUGUACAGGGUUAAACAUCUGAAUGGCGUCGGAAAUAAGCUGCAGAUAACUGACAAUGGAAUUGAACUUCACAAUGUUAAUUUUACUAUAUAUUUACACUUUCGAAAAUGUACGAGGAUAAUGAUUAAAUAAAAUGUUUAAUUAAAGUUAAACUAACACUG